AUGGUUUACAUCUCGAAUGGACACGUGUUGGACAGCUGGAGUCAGUCCCCACGGAGAUUAUCUUUGACAACAGAUUUCUUUUGGGGAAUAGCCGAAUUUGUUGUUUUGUUUUUCAAAACCCUGCUUCAGCAAGAUGUGAAGAAAAGAAGGGGCUAUGGAAACUCAUCUGAUUCCAGAUAUGACAAUGGAAGAGGGCCACCAGGAAACCCUCCCGGAAGAAUGGGUCGAAUCAGUCAUCUACGUGGACCUAGUCCUCCUCCAAUGGCUGGUGGAUAA